UAGUCAUUCUGGAUAGUCCUAUGUCUGAAGCAACUCUGUUUCAACCACUUUCUAGUCUAUAUAGUGUUCUUAUGCUCGAGGAGGUGAUAACUGUUAGUUUCAGUUGAUCAUCGAGGACUCUUGCACCAGAACAAAUGGCUGACGCAGGAGGAGAUGAAGUCAAAGUCCCAUCGGCUGCAGCACCAGCGGUUAUGGACGUGCAAGGGGCUUUGAAGGCUGUCCUUCGCUCAGCUAGCUUCGCCGAUGGACUGGCAAAGGGUCUCCAUGAGGCUGCAAAAGCCCUAGACAAGCGUGAGGCGCAUUUCUGCGUGCUCGCUGAGAACUGCGAUGAGCCAAUGUACGUGAAACUUGUGGAAGCCCUCUGCAAUGAGCAUAACAUUCCACUCAUCAAAGUUGCCGACAAGAAGAUCAUAGGCGAGUGGUGCGGACUGUGCAAAUACGACAAGGAAGGCAAGGCUCGCAAAGUUGUUGGAUGCUCCUGUGCAGUAGUCAAAGACUACGGUAAUGAAGAUCAAGGCAAACAAGUUUUGCAACAGUACUUUGACUCUAAGAAGUGA